AUGCCGCAACGUUCGCGGGAUCAUCACCGCGGCUACGAACCAGAAUGGGAGGACCGGCAGAAGAAGCCAGACCGGCACAGAUAUCGCGAUGAUAGCUAUGAUUACGAGUAUGACGACGACGACAUCAUUGACGCUGAGGAAAGGCGGUAUGUUGAACCCCACCACGGUCGACGGCAUCAGCGGCGUGACGAGUCUCGCGCGCGAGCGCAUCGUCGCUAUGAUUCCUACGAUAGGUAUGAGGAUGGUGGUGUUGACGAGUAUGAUGAUAAUGAUGGAGGAUACGACGAUUAUGGAGGGGAGGAGAGUGAAGUUAUCGUUGUAGAUUCAAGACCGAAUUUUGCGAGGCCGCCGAAUGUUCGGGCCAGUCCCAGACGAGCGAGUCCGCCGCCGUAUAUGGGUGGGAGAGAAAGAUCCAGACAGCAUAAGGCGAAGGAGUCUCCUGCGACGUCGCCAGCUAAGAAGAGAGAUCGAGAGCGGGAUAGAGAGGGUCAUCGAAGGAGGAGAGAUAGCACGGCGGAUGAGGAUGGGCCGGUCGGGGCGAGGUUAAGAGAGAGAGUUGCGAGAGAGAAGUAUCGUGAAAAGGACAUUGCAGAUGUUCGGGCGCGAAGUAAAGAUGAGCGAAAAAGAUCGGUGCAGCGGGACAGAGCGAGAGAGAGAGAGCGUGAGCGUGUUCGCGAGAAGCAUGCCAGCUCUGGCUCGGCGAAUAGUGCGACCCAGCUGCUGAGCGCGGAUGCAUUAUCGAAGUUAAAUAAGUAUAAUGCAAAGAGGGAUGCGGCUGAGCGACAACGUGAGGCUAAAGAUGAACAGAGGAGUCGUGAGAAGGACAAACGGCGCAGGAAGAAAGAGGGCUUCUUUGUUGGCAAAUCUCGUGAUCGCGGUACGUCGAGGGAGGGAGGGAGAGAAAAGAGCAAGAGAAGACUUGUAUCUGGUGCAAUGAUGGAAGAAGGUCGUGGUCCAGAAUUAAGGGUACGAGGAGGUGGCCGACAUGGACAAAAGUGGAGAGCGGACGACAGAUAUGGCGGAGGCGGAGGAGGCGGGGGCGGAAGAGGAGGGAAAUGGUUCAGCAACUGGAGUAAGAAAAAGAAGAUUUUGGUUAUCGUUGGAAUUCUUGCAUUACUAUUGAUCAUCAUCAUCCCGGUCGGCGUCGUGGUUUCAAAGAAGAAAGAUGAUGAAGGUGGCUCAGCUGGGCAUGGGGAUGGGGAUGCCCCUUCCAACGAUAACCUCAAGGAAAUCGACCGCGAUAGCAUUCCGCAAAGCGCCAGAGGAACGUAUCUCGACCCUUUUACGUGGUAUGACACUGCAGAUUUUAACGUGACAUACACGGAUGAGACUGUGGGUGGGCUGCCGGUGAUGGGCCUGAAUUCUGCCUGGGACGACUCUGCGCAGGCGAAUGAACACGUCCCACCUCUGAAUAAGAGGUUCCCGUACGGGAAGCAACCUAUUCGCGGAGUGAGCGUUGGGGGAUGGCUUUCACUCGAACCGUUUAUCACUCCAUCGUUUUUCAAGAAAUACUCUGUGCAUGACAAUGUCGUUGAUGAGUACACCCUCACCCGGCGCCUCGCCUCCUCUGCGAAACCUACCUUGGAGAAGCAUUAUGCUACCUUUAUCACAGAGCGAUCUUUCAGAGAGAUACGGGAUGCUGGGCUGGACCACGUUCGGAUACCGUACUCUUAUUGGGCGGUGAAAAAGUUCGACGAUGAACCGUAUGUGGAACAGGUUUCGUUCAGAUAUCUCCUACGAGCGAUCGAGUAUUGUAGGAAAUAUGGACUGCGAGUUAGCUUGGACCUGCACGGAUUGCCCGGGAGCCAAAAUGGUUGGAACCAUAGCGGCCGUCACGGAGCCAUCGGCUGGCUGAAUGGGCCCGAUGGGGAUAAAAAUGCUCAGCGGUCUUUGGAUAUUCACGAUCAGCUCUCCAAGUUUUUCGCGCAGCCACGCUAUAAGAAUGUCGUCACGCUAUAUGGCCUUGCGAAUGAACCGUUGAUGCUGAAGCUACCCAUUGAGCCUGUGAUAGAUUGGACCAAGAAAGCAGCAGAGAUCGUUGAGAAAAAUGGCAUGAAGCAACACAUUGUUUUCGGAGAUGGGUUUCUGAAACUGUCCAAGUGGAAGACCAUACUACAGGAUACUGGGCACAGUCUCCUCUUGGAUACGCAUCAAUACACGAUCUUCAAUACCGAACUAAUUGGCUUGGAACACAAGAAGAAGCUCGAGUUCGUCUGUGACGGGUGGGUGGAAUUGCUAAGUGACAGCAACUCAAAGGGAACUGGUUGGGGGCCGACCAUCUGCGGUGAAUGGUCCCAAGCCGACACGGACUGCGCCAGGUAUCUUAACAACGUCGGCGUUGGCACCCGCUGGACUGGUACCAUGGAUAGCCCCAGCGCCAAAGAUCAAGUUUCUGAACCUCUUUGCCCUGCUGCCAAGUCUGGUAACGGGAAAGCAUGUAGCUGUGAUGGCGCUAAUGCUGACCCUUCUGAAUACUCGGAUGCGUAUAAGAAAUUCCUCCUGACGUAUGCGGAGGCGCAGAUGUCUGCCUUCGAAAAGGGUUGGGGGUGGUUUUAUUGGACAUGGGAGACCGAGUCAGCGGUGCAAUGGAGCUGGAGAAGAGGAUUGGAGGCUGGCAUUUUGCCAAAGAAGGCGUACGAGCCGUCGUUUAAGUGUGGAGAUACUCUCCCCGAGUUGGGUGAUCUGCCGGAGUACUAUUAG